AUGGUCGGAGAUGAUCUCCCGGUGAAGGAGAUGGAAGAGUUAGAAGGAAAAUGUUCAUCUGCAAUCUACUUCAAAAUAGGUUUCCCCGGUGAUCUUCUACAACGCCCUUUCUGCAAACCUCAUCGAAUUGAAUCCACAACAAAUAACGAUUGUGAAGAUAGAAAUUUCAAUUUUAAGGAUCAAGAGAUUGCUUAUUAUAACUUGAUGAUUGCGUUUGUUCCUUCGGCUAUCCUUUUCUCGUCGUAUGUUGUUUACCUUAGUGCUGGGUUACCGAAGAAACAAGCAGCGAUCUUCCGGCGACAUAUUCUCCGAUCGGUCAAGCGAUCAACCCACAUGAUUCUUCCUGCAGCUUUGACACAAACCAACUUCACCUACAACAGAAUGCAUACCAAAAUAACAUCUAUCAAAUCAGAGCCUGAGUCCACUUCUGCAUCAGAACACCAUGUUUUUGUCAGAAGAAAGAGAUCAAGAAACCCCGAAUUAGUCACAAAAACAGAGCCUAUCCUACCCGACAUCGAAGAAUUCGCAUACGGAAAACCAAAUGUCAACCUACCUUUAACAAAAUCCAAACCCAAAACCCAGGUCAAACCAGUCAACCCACCUUCAAACUGGGAAAAAGUUCUCGAACAAAUUCGCAAAAUGAGAUCGUUAAAUGAUGCACCGGUGGACUCCAUGGGGUGUGAAAAAGCGGGUACUUCACUCCCUCCAAAAGAAAGAAGAUUUGCGGUUUUGAUAUCUUCACUUCUCUCAAGCCAAACGAAAGACCAUGUCACACAUGGAGCCAUACAACGUCUCCAAGACAGCAACCUUCUAAAACCGGAAACAAUCGAGAAAGCCGAUGAAACAACCUUAAAAAACUUGAUUUACCCGGUUGGAUUUUACACGAGAAAAGCCAUUAACAUGAAGAAAAUAGCGAAAAUAUGUUUGUUGAAAUAUAACGGGGACAUUCCGAAUACACUUGAGGGGUUGUUGUCGCUUCCGGGUAUUGGUCCUAAAAUGGGUCAUUUGGUUAUGAAUGUGGGGUGGGAUAAUGUGCAAGGGAUUUGUGUGGAUACGCAUGUGCAUAGGAUUUGUAAUCGGCUUGGUUGGGUUGUGGGGACAAAGACACCCGAAGAGACACGAGAGGGGUUGCAGAUGUGGCUUCCGAAGGAGGAGUGGGUCCCGAUAAAUCCUCUUUUGGUGGGAUUCGGGCAGACCGUUUGUACUCCUCUUCGGCCUUCUUGUAGUUUGUGUAGCGUUAAUGAACUCUGCCCGUCAGCGUUUCGGGCAGCCACCACGCCCAAGAAGAAGCUGCCCGGAAAAACAAAGCGUGAGGAAUUGUAAGUAAGUAUUGGCUCAGUAGACUUUUGAUGUUUGUUUAUGUAAUUAUAAGCUUUUGUGAUGGGCUCUUUGGUUUUAAUCCAAGGCCAAAACAAUAUGGCUGUUUUUGUGUGGUUGCUUUAGUGUUAGGUAGCAAUAGCAGCAUUCUAGGUUUUAUUGACCAGAUCUAAACUCGAAGUUUGGCAACCAAGGCUAGCAUUUUUGUGAUGCCCAUAUAAUUUGUAACCUUUUUAAAAAAAAAAAAAUGGAAUACCCAUUAAAAUCACAUUUUUCUGUCAUGGGUUUAAACUUGCCACUUGCAUUUAAUUUUGUGCGCAACGUAGCCAAACAUAAACCCUUGAUGG